CUUUACUAUUUUGUUGUGGUGAUGUGAGAAAAGAAAUAAAAAUUUAAGUUUUAAAUACAUAUCUUGCAUAACGAGAGGAUUUGGACUUAUUUAACUGCUAUAUUGUUGUGAUAUUUAAUUACGUGUGUUGUCCUUAGUGUCAAAAUAGAAAUGAUCGGUAAAACUUAUAUAUCAUAGUUAGGCAUCAUACCGCUUGCUUUUCUAUCCAUACGUAUUAAAAUAGUGUUUAUUUCUCUGUAAAACGUAAAUAAUUGUAAUCGGCUUUCAGAAAAGAGUGCUUUAAAGGUUUAUGGAAUGUAAGCCCUACGUGGAAAAUGGACGGGGACGGGUCGAGCCGGCAGUACGGGCAGGCUGGGCGCGCGGGCAGCACGAGCUCGGAGCGGGCGGCGGCCGGCCGCUCCUGCAACUGGACGUCGCCGCUGCAGUGCGCGGCGCGGCUGCUGGUCUCGCAGUGCGCGGCGCUAUGGUGCCAGCUCACCAGAACCACGACGCCGAUCGUGCUGCACCAACUGACGCUCCCUUUAUGAACAACAUGGAUGAAAUAUCAUAUUGGAUUUACUCUAAGCGGGCGCCUUGCCUGAUGACCUAUGACAAUGUUAAAAAACAGAAUGAACAAGCUCAAUGUUCUAAGCCUAAACCUAAAAGUGUUCCAAGUGUUGCUGAGGUGCCUUCACCUAAAAAGAAAAAGAAGAGAAAGUUGUCUCUGCUUGAAGAUGAGUCUGACUCUGUAGUAGAACAACAGAAUGUCUACUUUGACACUUCGCAGAAGCAGAAACCGCCUGUACUGAGUAGUUGUAAAUCAGAAACACUGGGUUCAGACAUAGACUUUAACAUUAAAAACACAUCAGUGCAAGGAAAACAGAAGCGAUCAAGGCUACAAAAAAACAAUAGAACAACAUUGCAUAAAAAAAACAAAGUGGUUACAUCAACACCCAAGGUGUCUAACUUGAGGAGGAGCUUAAGGCAAGCUCAGCAGAGCCUGAACAACAAUAGCCAACUCAAUAAUUCUUUUGAAAUAUUAAACAAUGGUGUUUCAAAUGGAAACCAUAAACAAAGCACUAACAAUCAAAAAACACCAGAAAAACUAAAAAAGACUCCGGAGUUACUCGCAGGCGGGGACCAAAGAGUUGAAACUAAGAAAAAAACAUCCAUACAGUUGAAUAAAUCAAAGAAUGAUGCUUUGAAUGGACAGUUUGAAGAUCUCAGUGAUGUGUCUGGUUUUACAGCAAACUACAUAAGGUCCACCAAACUGCAAUCAACUAAAACUCCUCGAAAGUUGAGAUGUAAAAAUAAUAGAAAUUUAGUAAAGGAGUCACAGCAAACUUCACAGAAAGAGGACACUAUGGUAAUGUGUGUAAACAAGGCUGUCAACACAGGGAUGUCAAAGGUAGCUUUGAACUGCAGUACAGAGUCAGAAAAUGUGAUCAGUCUAGUCACAAAAGGUGCUGAUAAAUCUACUAAAGUGAAUAAAAGUACAUCCUUGCUGAAGUUCAUAGAUCCCAAGAAUAGCAAGGGGAAGGAAACUGAAGCUCCCAAUGAUAGUAAAGUAGAAGGCAGCAGAACAAGAGCUAAGACCAACCUUAAUGUUUCAUUCCAAUCUCAAAGCAGCACAUCACGGUACCCCAAGCGAUAUCGAAAUAAUACUACACAAGAGACCAUAGAAGAAACCACAGAACACACCAAUCAAACUGAUAAGAAAAGGAAGAUCAGCAAAAAUUCUAGUGACUUCAACAGCUCUGAUAGGAAAGAGAAUCCCGAGGCCACCACUAUAUCCAGAACAAGAAGUGGCAGGAACAUAGGAUUAACACUGCGCCAACCAGAGAACUCAGUUCUAGUUCUCAGCAAUUCUACUGAGCAGGUCAGUUCAAUGGUCAGCAUGAACGUGGCCAGCCCCGUCACAGACAAGCGAGAGAGGGUGAAGAAAAAGAAACGGAUUACAAGACGCAACAAGAAACCAAUAGAGACAGUAACAAGAUUACAAAGAGACUCUCUACGAGACAAGAGUGGAUUUGCUGCUUGUUUCUCUGACAGUGAUGAUAGUGAACCACUGAGGCAAAGGAAAUUCUUCUGUGCCUAAAACUUUUAAGACUUCCUGGGAAGUUUAUUUUAACAUAAUAAUAAUAACUGGUAUAAUAAUGUAGACAGACUUAUAAACAGGGGUAGAGUUUCAACAUGUUACUGUUGUUAUAUACAGAUGUGUACAUUACAUUUAUUCACUUACUGAUUAAAUUAGAUUAGAAACUUUUGAGAUUUAGCCACUGACAAGUUUCUUACUACCAUUGUACCAAUUGUAUAUUAGGUAAAAUUUAGUUAGUACAAAUAUACACAUUCCAAACUCUUUGUAAAUAUGAUGCAAAACUAUAUGAACAAACACUAUAAAAACAUAUGUUGGCUGACUGCCCUCUAGAAAUGACAAUUGAUUUUGGACUGAUUCAGCUAUUUGUAUUGUUCUAAUUUAAUCAUUAAGCAAGUAUUAGAUAAUUUCUCUGCCCUUGUUGAACUUCCAUUGCUUGAAAAGACUAGAAAUGUAUAAAUUUGCUCAGUGCCUGUACUGUUCCUGCACUCCAUGUAAUAUUGACUUGUAUGUCCAUGUUAGCUGAUAGAUAUUGUAUUUGAGAUAUGGUAGUAUAUUGCAUACUUUAUUAAUAUAAUGUUGGUGAUAUUAACUUAGCAGAGCGGUAAUUAGUAACAUUCUGCAAUCUGCAUUAUUGAUCUAUGUUCGUAUGUACACGUAGUGAUGUCUGAUGGCCGCCUCGCGCAGGAGGGCGCGGAGUCGCCGUGCCUCUGCAUCAUUGACGCGCUUUUCGGUUAGUUUCCUGUAAAUGGGACACAAAUGAGAUUUGUGUGUGAAAUCUUUGUUUUAUAAAGUGCCAUUGUAUAUUGUAAUGUACUGUAUGUUAAGUAUGUAAGUUUAUCCAUGACUGUGGCACACUGUGGAGAUAGUUCACUCUAUAUGUUUGGUGAUGAAAUUGCGGACUAAAUAAUGAUGCCUACCAUUGUUUUUAUUUUAUUGAGGAAAUUUAUAAGUACACAUAGUGUCUUAUUAUAAAUAAGUAUGCUUUGUUUUCUUUUUUACUUUAAUUUAAUUUAUCAAAAUGAAUUUUAAAGUAUUUUUGUGUAUUUUAUGAUUGCUCAUGGUUGCGUAUCUUAUGAGAACCCCGAGCUGUAUUGUUGUGUACCACGGAGGCGGGAGGUCUCGCCUCCUGGGUUCAGGCGAGGCAUGAGUCGGUGACGACGUGGUACUUAAUACCUACUCUAACGAAAUGUUGAUGGUUUAUAUUUUUUAUGAUAAAUGUAAAUUUAAUAAUAUGUACCAAGAUGUAAUGUGAAAUUUAUUUUGUUAUUUUGAUUUCUUUUUAUGAUUUAUUGAUUUUAAUGGGAAUUUUUAUUUCCGCGUGGGUAAAAAGAAUUCUCAUAAAAUGUAAGGACUGGACUAUCUUUCUCUGGCAUAAUAUUUAUCGAAUUUUUGACUAUAGGGUAAUACUAAACUUUUUAUUUAGUUUUUAUCAAAUUUUUGUGUAAGUAUUAUAUUUUGUAGCUUUUAUGUAUUUAAAAUUGCAUAGUAAAGAUAAUCUUAACUGUA